AUGCUGGUACUGUUCUCUAGUAAGUUGAGCAGUAUCAUCAUCAUGAUAGUCAGGAUUAAAAAUAUUGCUGGUGAGUGGAAAGAGAAUGAAGAGGAGAUUGAAGAAGCUUUUUUGGAGUUCUACAAGAAGUUACUUGGUACUGAAAAGCAUGCUAUAAAACAUGUCAGUAAUAGUGUGAUUCAGGAAGGUAAACUUCUCAAACAACUGAAUGCCACAACUCUCUGCCUUAUACCUAAAGUUGAACAACCUAUAGAUGUAUCUCAAUUCAGACCUAUAGCUUGUUGCAAUGUGAUGUAUAAAGCUAUUUCAAAAAUGCUAUGCAGUAGAUUGAAAGUUGUGCUUCCUAGCCUUAUUGAUCAAGUGCAAAGUGCUUUUGUUGCCAAUAGAGUCAUAUUGCAUAACAUUUUUAUAUGUCAAGAUAUGCUCAAAAAUUAUAAAAGGAAGAGUGCUCCUGCUAGAUGUACCUUGAAAGUAGACUUGAAGAAGGCGUAUGAUUCCUUGAAUUGGGAGUUUAUUAGGGAAUUGUUAAUUGGUUUAAAAUUUCCUGAAAGAUAUAUUGGCUGGAUUAUGGAAUGUCUCACUACUCCUGCCUAUUCCUUGAGUAUAAAUGGGGGUCUGAAUGGUUUCUUUCAUUGUAAAAGAGGGAUUAGGCAAGGAGACCCUAUAUCUCCAUUGAUUUUUGUGCUUGCUAUGGAAUACUUCACAACAUUGAUGAAGAAAAUGAGCCAUAGAGAGGAAUUCAAGUUUCAUAAUAGAUGUGAUCAACUGAAGAUUCAUUAUCUGAUAUUUGCUGAUGAUUUGAUGCUGUUUAGUAAAGUGACUUCUGGAUUAGAAGCUAGCCCUGAAAAAACUGCCAUUUAUUACUUUGGAAAUGUAAAGGAGGAGGAACAAAGUAGAAUUCUUCAAGUGACUGGUUAUAAAAAAGGAUCCUUUCCUUUCAGAUACUUGGGAGUUCCCAUCACUUCUAAGAGGCUGAGUAAAGCAGAUUGUGACAUUUUGGUUGAUAGGAUGUUAAAAAGAAUCAUGAGCUGGAGUUCAAGGCAUCUUUCCUAUGCAGCAAGAACCACUCUUGUGAAUGCAGUGCUUAUGAGUCUACACACUUAUUGGGCUCAAAAUUUCCUACUGCCCAAGUGUGUUCUACAUAGGAUUAAUCAAGUUUGCAGAGCUUUUCUUUGGGAAGGCAAGGUUGUGUUGAGUAAAGCUCCCCCUGUGGCAUGGGACUGGGUAUGUAAAGAGAAAAAGAAGGGUGGACUAGGAGUACAAGAUUGUAUAAGAUGGAACAUAGCAGCUGUUGGGAAAUUUGUAUGGCAGAUUGCUCAAAAACAAGAUCUCCUUUGGAUUAAAUGGGUCCUUUGUGUGUACUUAAAAGAGUCAGAUUGGUGGAAGUAUCAACAUUCUUUCACUGCUAGCUGGAUCUGGAGGUGUAUUUGUAAGGUGAAGGAAGUUUUUAAAUCUGCAUAUACCAACAACAAUUGUUUGAAUGGUGAGGAUUCAUGUCAUCAUUUGUUUUUCCAAUGCCCUUGCAGUGUGAUUGUUAGUCAGAAGGUUAUGGGGUGGAUUGGCAUAUAUAAUGUGGGUCAGGAAAAUUUGUAUCUUGUGUGGAAGAAAUGGGGAAGGAAGUUUCAGAACAAGAAGAGGCAGAAGUUGUGCUAUUCUGUCAUAGCUGCAAUAGUAUACCAUAUAUGGAGAGCGCGCAAUCAUGCUCUAUGGAAUGAUGCUGUGAUGUUGCCUGAUGUAAUUGUCAGAAAUAUUCAAUUAGAUGUUUGUGAUGACAAGACUUUUAGACUUAUUACUGCAUGGGAUAGCCAAGUUUGGGUUGGUGAUGGGAGGAAGUUCCUUAUAAUGUUCUUAGUUGAUGAGUUCUAUGAUGAGAAUAUGGAGUCUUAUGUGAUGUUAGGACUUAAGGAUGCUUAA